CCCCGUGCAGUGACAGCUCAGUGAGCGGCUCAAGUGCUCGUCUGUGUCGGAAUGGACUGGCUGAACUUCCACCGUGAUGUUUUCUGACGAAGUGCGGUAGUGUCUGAAUGUGUGUUAACUGUGCGUGGGUGGGUGUACGUGAGGGUUUGUGUACAUGUGUGUGAGGGGGGCAUACAUGUACCGGCAAAAUCAUGGCUCUGAAUCGAGUGUCCCAGCUCUGCCACGAUAUCACCAGACUGUGGCUGCAACUCAAGAUGAUGACAGAUGAAAUCCUGCAGAGUGAUGAGGGCACACUGUGCGCAGCAGAAAUCGGCUCUGAACUGGAGAAACAGUUUGCAAUCCUUCCAGGGGGCCGUGGGAUGAACGGCGGCCCCAUCAUCGUCUUCCCAGAAUUCCCGGCUUUCGGAGAGCUGGGGGAGGAGGAGCUACAAAACGUCCUGGCCUACCUGACCAGUGUGCCCAGCGUUGCAGCAUCAGGAGUGGGUUUCAUCCUGAUCAUCGACAGACGACUGGACCGAUGGGCUGCCGUCAAGGCCACCCUGCUCCGCAUCGCAGGCUCAUUUCCAGGGAACUUGCACUUAGUUCUGGUGUUACGUCCCACUACGUUAUUCCAGCGGACACUGUCGGACUUCCUCUUCAAGUUCAACAAGGAUGAGUUCAAAAUGAAGGUGCCGAUUGUUAUGCUGAGUUCGGUCACUGAGCUCCAUGCUUAUAUCGACCCAGGACAACUGACCACAGAUUUGGGGGGCACGCAGGAAUAUUGCCAUGAAAGCUGGAUCUCACACCGCACCGCCAUCGAGGCGUUCGCCCUAAUGGUGAAGACCACAGCCCAGACCUUGCAGGCGUUUGGCACAGAACUGGCAGAGACAGAAUUACCCAACGAUGCCGAGGCCACCACCAACCUGCUGCACACACACACCCUGAAGAAAGACAAAAUGAAGGAGGACUUGCGGGUGGCGCUGUCUCAAGGUGGACGUCUAUUAGAAUGCAUCAACGAGCCUCUCCAAACAGACCCUGAAUACAGCAUGACUCACGAUGAGAUGGAAAACUUAGUGACUGUACAGAGACUCCUCGGGCAGCUCGAUGAAACCGAGACAGCAUUUGAUGAUUUCUGGGAACGUCACCACACAAAGCUGGAACAGUGUUUGCAGCUCCGUCAUUUUGAAAUGCACUUCCGUGAAGUGCGUGCCCAGCUUGAUAUCACAUCGGAGCGGCUGUCUGGUUUCUCUGAGGUCAGCGUAAGCCCCGCCCAUGCUGAGCAUGUUCUCCGAGAGCUCAGUAGUCAUGAGGAUAAAGCCUGUGAGGUACUAGACCGAGCCCUGUCCCUGGCCUGUGACGGUGACAGGCUGAUAGAAAACUCCCACUAUGCGGAGGACUCCAUCAGGCCGAAGUGCAGUGAGCUGAAAGGAGUGUGUGAGGAGAUCAACUCCACUCUGAGGAGUAAGAAGAACUUCCUGCUCAGGGCCAUGGAGCUCCAUCAUGCUCUGGAGAAGGCCUCGCGGUGGUGUGAGGAGGGCAUCUUCCUGUUGGCGAGUCAGCCAGUGGACCGCUGUCAGUCUCAGGAUGGAGCUGAGGCAGCUCUGCAGGAACUGGAGCGAUACCUGGACACAGCACUGCUGCACACCCUCGCUGACCGCAGCGCCAUCUGCUGCCAGUACGAGGCGGUGCUCACCACUCAGCUCAGGGACCAGGUGGAGAAAGUUUUCCAGAAGCAAAGCUCUGUCCAGGAGAUGUUUGAAAAAAGACGUGUCAGCCUGAAGAAACUUGCCGCCAAACAGACCAGACCAGUGCAGCCAGUAGCACCAAGACCUGAAGUCAAGUCUCCACAGUCCUCUCCCAAUCAACAGAGAAAAGAGAGAAGAUUAUCUGCAGACAAUGUCAUAUGCAAAAAGGUGGAAUCUCCGCUUCAAAAUGGUGGAACCAGACAUGCAUCUUUGUCAGAAGAAGAGGAAAAUCUGGCUGUUCUCCGUCGGCACGUAAUGAAUGAGCUACUGGAGACGGAAAGAGCGUAUGUGGACGAGCUACUGUGCGUACUGGAGGGCUAUGCAGCAGAGAUGGACAACCCCACCAUGGCUCACCUCAUCCCCAGCACCCUGCUCAGCAAGAAAGACAUCCUGUUUGGAAACAUGUCUGAAAUCUACCAGUUCCAUAAGAGGACAUUUCUGAAAGAUCUGGAAGCCUACACUGACUGCCCUGAAUUGGUGGGCCGCUGCUUUUUAGAGAGGAUGAAGGACCUGCAGAUAUACGAGGCGUACUGCCAAAAUAAACCACGCUCUGAGAGCUUGUGGAGGCAGUGCUCCGACUGUGCCUUCUUUCAGGAGUGCCAGAAGAAGCUGGAACAUAAACUUGGGUUGGACUCCUACCUCCUUAAACCUGUCCAGAGAAUCACCAAGUACCAGCUGCUGCUUAAGGAACUGUUGAAGUACAGUAAGGGCUGUGAUGGCUGUGAUGACCUGCAGGAGGCGCUCUCCUCCAUAUUGGGGAUCCUGAAAGCUGUUAAUGACUCCAUGCAUCUGAUAGCUAUCACUGGAUACGAGGGUAACCUGUCAGAGCUGGGUCGUCUGCUGAUGCAGGGCUCUUUCAGUGUGUGGACGGAGCAUAAGAAAGGUCACGCAAAGGUCAAAGAUCUGGCCAGGUUUAAGCCCAUGCAGAGGCACCUGUUUCUGCACGAGAAAGCCCUGCUCUUCUGUAAGAGGAGGGAGGAGAACGGAGAGGGUUAUGAGAAAGCGCCGUCCUACAGCUUCAAACACUCCCUCAGUAUGAGUGCGGUGGGCAUCACAGAGAACGCCAAAGGAGAUAAUAAAAAGUUUGAGAUCUGGUGCAACUCCAGAGAAGAAGUCUUUAUAGUGCAGGCUCCAACAGCUGAGAUCAAAACAGCCUGGGUGAAUGAAAUCCGCAAAGUUCUCACUCAACAACUCCAAGCCUGCAGAGAAGCAAGUCAGCAGAAGAGCUCAGACCUUGUUUCUGCGAGUCCCACCAGCAACAACACCUCCAUCUCCCUCAGUCCCUUUCGUAGCAGCCAGAAAAACCAGAAGAAACAGGAGGAGAAAAAGACGGAGCCAAGCCUGAACUCGGACCUCAACUCUUGCUCUUCGCCCAAACACAAAGAUGAGCCAGUGACCAGUCCAACUACUGACAGGUCCGCAGUUGCAAAAAAGCGUUUUACUUUGCAGGGCUUCAGCAACCUCAAGAGUCCAAAAGGCUCCGCCCUGAGCCCCGAGCACAACACCAAACGCCACAUGGUCAAGAGUGACCCCACCCCUUUUGGGUUCAAAGCAGGCUGGAACAAGGCGUCUCUCUCGGUGGAUGCCUCAGAGGAGAAUGAUGGGUACUCCAGCGGCGAGGACCCCAUGAAUUCUGACACUGAGGAGGAGGGAUUAAAGAAGUUGGCUCCUGGAAAGUACACAGUGGUAGCUGACUGUGAGAAGGCGGGGCCUCAGGAGCUGUCUGUCAAAAGUGGAGAUACAGUCCAGCUAAUCAAAGAAGGAGAGGAGGGACAAUGGUUUGUGAAGAACCUUCGGAGCAGUAAAGAGGGCUGGGUGGCUGCAGCAAACCUCCUCAGUCUCAUCUCAGAGUCUAAGUCAUCACAGUCCCUCAGCAGCUCAGAUGGCAGUGUCUCUGGGAACCUCAGCACCUCCUCGAGCUGCAGUGAGACCUACACCAGCUACUCUGACAUCAAACCAUGACCUGACUUGAGAUCAGAGCCUGGCUGCACCUUCCAACAUAAAACCAUCACACAGGUGGUUUUACAAUGCUGACUCAGACCCGAGGACAAACUCAAAUAUGCACCUGCAUCAUUUCAGUAAAACUUAAAUCACAAAUCUCUCCCUAUCUGUGAAUAUCAACAGUGUUUUGGCUGAGUUAAGUACUGUACACCCUCUGUCAUCUGUCAGUCUACAGUAGAACAAAACAAAGACAAAAAAGAUUUACUCAACAGCCAGAUUUAGAGAAAGGAAACAUCACCUACUGGCUACUUAAAUUAAUAAAAUAUCAGCACAUUGGGUCCAAAUGGAGGUGUUUUCACAGUAUCUCCAUAGACAGGAAAUCCAUCAGGAUCACCUCAAACUAAGAAAAUGACUGAACUCGCUGAAUAUUUCUGAAUCCCUGCAAUUUUGUAGCAUUAAAACACAGUAAUCUAAAGAAUCUCUGCACUAAUGACAAGCUGUCGACCCCCUUCAUUCUGGUGUGAGACGUUUCAAUCAGACUAUGUUGGCUUUAGUGUCAGACAUUAAUCGUAUACACUGUGAAAACUGGCAGCUGGCUACACCGAGAAAAAUGCUCUCAACGUGUCUCGGAGCACCAAUGAGCAGGUCACAUCUUACUGUACGUCUUAGUACGCAGGAUGUGUGCAAGUUGAGACUGAUAACUUUUUAUGUCUGACAAACUUGUGGGCUUCCAGUGGUGUAAAACAUUAGUGGGUUUCACAUUUUUUACUGGAUACUGGCACUUUACUGCACUCACACACACAAGAAAAAAUAGUAUUUGGGUAAUUAUUUCCUGUAGAAUAAAUAAAAUUUGCCUACCAGCGCUAAAUCUUUGUAAUUUGCAUAUUACAUCAUUUAUUGUUUUACAUGAUUGUGUUAUGUUCUUAGAUAGCUACAGUGACCCCUAAUUAAGAAAUAAAUCAGGCCAUUACACCUAAAAAACUAAUUUUUUUUAGACAUGACAUGUUAAUUUGUUGCAUGAGUGGUGGUUUGCAGAUUAUAUACUGGUGAAUAAUUGAGACCAAAGACAAUGGCAAAAAAACAAAUCUACUGUAUUUAGAAAGUGAGUUCAGUAAAGCUGUCACGUGUUUAAGAUUACUCUCUCCCAUCACCUACAGCCCUAGACGGGUCUGAUGUUUACACCUGUUCAACCACAUGUAAGUACAAAUCACUUAUAACAACAGUGGAACCACUUCUAAACCUCUUUCUCCUCAGACAGACUGUCUAACUCGCCUCUGUACUGCUCUGGAUUUACCUCUCAGGAAGCCCAAGAAGUUGUGUGGGCAGGCAGGUGUGACUGCAUACCUGCAUGUGUAGACUAAAUGUCUUUGUGUGUGAAUUCCUACACAAAUGUGCUGGAGAAUGAAGCCAACUGAAAGGCUGUUACAUUAGAUUUUUACAGAAUUGUAAUACAAAAUCGAUGAGGAUGAACUCUUUUGAAUAUUUGCCCCAUCUUGAGAAGCACUAAUCAAACAGCGGUCGUACGUAAAUCACUGCUUCGAGUUCCUUUUUGUCUCUGCUCACCUAUCUUUGGUCUACACCGCAGGAACAAAAGCGAGCUUUGUGCGCUCACUCUGCUCCCAGCCCCGCUCAGGCAUGUGAUGGUAGCCACUUUGCUAACCAGGACCUGCUCAACAUGUUUGCACCACCAGCACCAGCUUGAGAGCAAUAUUUGUUUACGUGACACCAUAAUGUAGCUGAUUAAUCUGGUUAACAUGGCGCAAGAAAA